UUCUUAUGCAAUUACGCGAAGUUUCCGACGAAUCGACGUAUCAAACGAUAUAUCGUCCCUAUCAAAAUUAUGCGCAGUCGGUAAUAGAGAUUUGCAAUUAUCCUCGGAGCCAUCGCGAUUUCCUCGGGACGAUAAGAAUGCAAAUCGCUUUAUCACUCGACACCCUCGGCCUAGAUACACGCGUAUCUAUUUUUACGAAGGGGAAAAAACAAAUCAAUCUGCCGAGCGUGAUUGAAGAGAAGACGGCGAUGCGCAAAAAGGUACGGUCGCGGUUUGCAUUGUAACAACAGUCGACGAGCGCGGCGCGUAUGCGGCGAUAAUGAUUCGCGGUUACAGCCGCUCGAUAAGCUGAUAACGACGCGUUUUCCCCCGUUUUAUCGCUUAAUUGGCGGCACUCGGCUCGCCGUCGAGCGAGUGUAAUGAACGCGCGCGACCGGCCAAUCUCGAUUCAUCAAACGGGUCGACCCGAGCGAUCCGGAGUCGUUGGUCGCGGUUAAACGGAUUAAUUCAUUUGCGCCACCCCGCCGGCAAUCGAGUAUGCUCAUUGAAUUAACCCGGGAACGGGGGAAACGCGCCGUAGCAUCGCGUUAAUUGCAGCAGCGAGGCCGCAGACUGUUCUUCCCAGACCGGGGGACAAUUGCUUCAAGUGAGGUCGUUCGAGCGCGCGGACCAGACCGCGGCAAUUGACGCCGAAGAUGCAGUGGUUGGCCUUGAUGCUGUGCCUCUGCGCCGGGGUAGCCAGUGCGCGCACGGAGGAGGACCAGCAGACGUCGAGUACGGGCGGAGUCUCCAACUCUCUUCCGGAGCAGUGUUUCUACAGGCACCCAGUGGACUGUCCCUCGGACUCGAGCAGAUGCCCCUGCAAGAGGAUCACCCUCGCGCACGUACCGGAGGGCAACGCUGCGCUCUGCUGCAAUACAGAUCAACAGACUCUGGAGGACGGCCUCUCUUGCAUAGGGUUUCAACACUCGAACAUAAGCUACGUGCAUAUACGUAACGCAACCUUGGACGUAUUUAAUGUAAGUGAGGUUCGUUGGAGGAUGCUGAAAUCUCUGGCCAUAACCGAUGGCAAGAUCAAUCGACUGCGGGGGCAGUUUCGCAUGAUGACGCCUAUACAGUGUCUAAAUCUGUCGAAUAAUGAGCUGCGCGAGGUAGAAAAUAAUUCGCUGACGCGUUUGGUGCAACUCACCACCUUGGAUCUGUCUUAUAAUAAACUCACUUACCUUCCAGCUUUGAAUACGAUGAACGGCCGAGAAUUCUGGUUAGACAUCUCAGGAACAAAUAUACUCUCGUGCCACGAUGUGUAUCAGUAUAUCAAUAAAACGGGUGAAAAGCAAAUUACAUUUAAUCGCGAGAACGAGACGGUGUGUUCCGCCUUGGCGACGUGGCACUGGUUCAACACAACUGAACAAGUGCCUCUCUCGCAGGUUCUUUACCUGAGCUUGUUGCAAACAGAAUGUCCACAAGGUGACACCUGGCAAUGUCAAUGCGAGAUCAAGAGACUAGACAUUAUCGAGGGCAAGCCGCCUACACACGCUGUAACUGUAGAUUGUAGCGGAAUGCAGUUGACGGAAUUACCCGAGAAAUUGCCGCAAAACACCAUAGCCCUCAACGUUUCCUAUAAUAAUAUCACAGUUCUGGAUAAUCUUAGUACCAACCCGUGUUACGAAGAUCUACGAGAGUUCUAUGCGGAUUAUAAUAAUAUUUCCUCGAUAAACAAGUUGGAGGGCUCCAAGUUUCUGGAUAAUUAUGCCAUCCUUAGUUUACGAUACAAUAAAAUUAAAUCAUUGCCAACAUAUAUAUUAAGCUCAAGCGCACACAAUAAGAAUUUCAUGAGUUCGAGAAAUCUGGUCAGGCUAGGAGGCAACAAGCUACACUGCGAUUGUAACACCGCUAAGCAUCUAAAGGCAUGGUUACAAACGCGAAUAUUAGACUCCGACGAAGUAAUGUGCGAAAAUGUAAAGGAGAAAGUUGUAGAUCUGGAGCCGUCGAAGAUGUGCGUGUAUCCGGGAGACUGGACCGACUAUAUAUACUAUAUUAUCGCUACCGAAGUGAUACUUCUGAUAGGUCUGAUAGCCAAAGUGUCUUAUGAUUACUGGGUGUUCAAAACGGCAGGAUAUCUUCCAUGGCCAGCGAAUAAAAUGCCAAAAUUGCCAUGCGAUUGGCUGUUCGAAACGUAGGUCGCGUGAAUACCCGUAAUGAAAAUUCCUAAUAAUGUGCAAUGCAACUAAUGUAUGCAAUGAAACUGUGCAAGAAAAAUAGGAUACUGUUAGAAUAUGUUAAAUGUGCCUCUCAAGUGCCCAAGAUAUUUUAUUAAAUAUCCAACGACGCAUAUAAUGGACGAUAGUAUUUUUAUCUAGCUCUUCCAUUGAAGAACAGAGGAUUUCAAAAUAAUCUCCGUAUACAUAUCCAUGACAAGUGUUUUGUAAAAAUCAUAUUAUUGUUUAGAGCAUAUGAUUGUUAAGAAAUGUAUCAUAUGUAUUUUCACAAAUUAUAGAUUUAUACAGGA